GGCUCGCGAGCUCGGCGCUGCGGCCUUCCCCGCCCCCUCCUCCUCCUCCUCCUCCUCCUCCCCCCGCCCGCUUCCGCCCCGGCUUAUUAUCCUCCUUAUUGACAAACAGAGCGGCGGCGGCGGCGGCGGCGGCGAGCUCGGCGUGCGGCGGUAGCCAAGCCAUGGGAGACAAGAAGAGCCCCACCAGGCCGAAGCGGCAGCCGAAGCCGUCCUCGGAUGAGGGCUACUGGGACUGUAGCGUCUGCACCUUCCGGAACAGCGCCGAGGCCUUCAAGUGCAUGAUGUGCGAUGUGCGGAAGGGCACCUCCACCCGAUCCACAUUCUUUGAAGUUAUUGUGAAUGCCUCGAGGACCAAGGAACCGUUGAAAUUUCCAAUUUCAGGAAGGAAGCCUCGACCUGUCUCCCAGUUGGUUGCCCAGCAGGUUACUCAGCAGUUUGUGCCCCCUACACAGUCAAAGAAAGAGAAAAAAGAUAAAGUAGAAAAAGAAAAAAGUGAAAAGGAAACAACUAGCAAAAAGAACAGUCAUAAGAAAACCAGGCCAAGAUUGAAAAAUGUGGAUCGGAGUAGUGCUCAGCAUUUGGAAGUUACCGUUGGAGAUCUGACAGUCAUUAUUACAGACUUUAAGGAGAAAACGAAGUCACCGCCUGCAUCUAGUGCUGCUUCUGCAGACCAACACAGUCAGAGUGGCUCUAGCUCUGAUAAUACAGAGAGGGGAAUGUCCAGGUCAUCUUCACCCAGAGGAGAAGCCUCAUCAUUGAAUGGAGAAUCUCAUUAAAGUUUAUUUUCUCCAAUUUCUUAGUCACUUCUGUCAUAACAUGCAAAUACACAGAUUAUGCCAAGAAGUACCACAUUUUCAUGACAAACAUUCACGCACAAUCCAUAAUUUGCGUUUUACACAGAAUAGAAAUUUGUUAGAAUUUGUUAGACUUUAUUGCAAUCUAUGCUUACCAAACAUUUUCAGACUUGACAUUUUGGUCUCCACAGUUCAAGGUGCCAUGAAAAUGUGGUUGAAUUGUUCAUUAUGCAGUGUUAUUGGUAAGUCUAUUUUCACUUUUAGUUUAGUGAAUUCUAACACAUAAUUCUUGAAUUCUCUACUAUUGGCAUGUAACGAAUUUAAAUUUUUAUAACAUAGUGCAAGCUGCCUAAAUAUGUAUUAUUUGAGAUUGUGAAACAAAUAGUUAUAUGUAUACAAGUCAAAGAUCAACUUAAUCAACUAUUGCUGCAACAGGAUUUUCUUAAUGGUUAUCCUCUUAAAUACACCUGCUGGUACUUGGUGUGGUUAAAUAGGAAAAAUUGUUAUUAAAUAAAGAAUUUGUAUGAACCGUUGCCAAUGUUUUUGACACAUUUUACUAAAUUAUUGUUCCUGAAUUAUGUUUCUGGUUUUAUCUUUGUUUUUGUUUUUGUUUAUCUUUGAAAACGUUCAUUAUUGUAAUGUUUACUAGCAGAGUAGUAAACAAUAAAACAUUGAUUAUUUAGCUUUAUAAUUCAGGUUUAGUGCUCUUGUCAUUGAACACUGGUAUUUUCUGUAUAAUAUAAAACAUUAAAGUUCAAAUCAGUAUAAGCAUUUGGCAAAAAGAGAAAAGAAACCUGAUGUAUUUUAAAGGCUGCAAUUUUGGAAAAGCUUUAACUUUAAAUAAUAGUUUUAUCACUGUUGUCUUGCCCCAAACUUGUGCAGGGUCAUAGAAGUAUGAAUCUAAUUAAUACAGAAAUGGGAACUGUUGCACAGAACUGAGAAAUGACUAAUCUUAAAUCAGUUUAAUAAUUGGCCUCUUAUUAAACAUAAUGAUUCUUAUGAAAAUCAUACUGCCCUAUUUUGAGACACAACUGCCAGUUUAUGCAUUUAUCAAUAUCCUGAAAUAGAAAAAGUAUUUACAGCCCCACUUACUAUUAUGUAAAAUUACCAAUAAAAUAUUUUUAUGACUACAGAUUUUGCAUUUUUGUUCAAAACUAAUAAUGUGUUUCAUGUUGUAUUUAAAAAUCCAACCUAGAAACCACACAGUACUUCUUAAAUUCUUCUAGGGUCUCCUGCUUCUUUUACCAUUUGUUUAAUAUAUAUCCACCUCUAGGAGACUUCUGAAAUGUAAAUUAAAAACCUAACUUGAAAUCAGAAUAUCACUUAAAGACACUAUGAUCACAUUUGAAGAGCAGAAAAAAAUACCCCUAAAAAUCGUAGACCCUGACAGUUGUGAUAUUUGGUGGUUUCUCGUGGUAAUGUAAUUUUCUGUUAAAUUGCAGUACUUUUUCCAGGCACAAUGAGACUGUCUUUUUUGUAAGAUGCUAGUUGUGAAAUACAGUUAAUUGCAUACAGUAAAAGUUUGUGAUUAAAACAUUUAUAUACCUCAUUCUUUAGUGUUGUUAAAUGAAAAAGUUUGUUUUUAAUUAUAAGAUACUUUGAAUGGAACCCCAGCUAACUGGUUUUGUUCUUUGAAAACAUGAGAAAUUUUUGCCAUAUUUUACUGUUUUUCACAUGUUUCAAAUGUUUUAAAUUUUAGACAUAGUAAAAAUUAUAAGUAAUAAUUGUAGUAGGGAAAAUCUUUAAUUUUUAAGUCAAAACUAUGCUUUGGAGGCACUGGGUCUUCUGAUGAUGAUCAAAUUCUUUCAGGAUGUAUUUUAAAUGGACUGUGGGAGAGAAAAAACUGACAGAAGAUGGGAUUUUACCUGAAUGGAGAGUAGUCAUCUUUUUAUAUAGGUGGGGAGACAGUAUAGCAUGGAAAUUUAGAGUGCUAACUAGUGUCUGAUGCUUUGAAUCCCUGUUAUAGAACCUAACUAAAUGAGCUUGAGUAAAUUACUCAAGGUCAUGUGCCGUCUAUUAAACAGGGAUAAUGGUAAUCAAAUCUAACUGAUGGGGUUGUUGGGAGGAUUAAAUGUCAAGCCACAUAAAAUACUUAACAAUUAACAUGAGGCACACUGGCUGCUCAGUUAAAUGAACCUUUAGUAUCUUUAUAGGUAAAAUCCCAUUACAAAAAUAUUCUUUGUAACAAAAAUCGUUUCCAUGCCCUCUCGGAUGACCAAAAAGAAUUAUGUUCUGUAGGUUAUGCUGAAUUUUCUACAUCAGAUGUUUGCUCUGAUCCCAGACCAGCCAACUUUCUGUAAUUCAAGAACCUGAUGGUAUGUGCUAUGAGACAGGACAAAUGAACUGAAUUGGCUGGUUUGAAAUUUUGUUUUCCUGUCAUUAAUCACAAUUCACUUGCUUUCAUUUCACCCUACCUCAAAUACACUUCCAAACCAGGAAACAGACCCAAAUUCCAUAAAUACACCAAAUGUUAAAAUAUGCAAAAGAUUCAGAGCCUGGGCUUAGGGUACAUUUGUAGCUCUGUUGCAUCAACUUACACUGUGGUUUUAGCAGUGGGUUCUUUUAACCGUAUUUCAUACAAAACUUCAGAGUUUAUUACUUUAUUUUGAUACAAUUAAGAGUGAAGAUAUAAUUUGAGGCAUAUUAGAAUACAUAUUCUUAAAACCUUUUGUAUUACACAGUAGAAAUAGUUGAUUAAAGGUUUUAUUUUUGUUAAAUGCCUUCCUAAAAUUAUAGUGAUAGAGAAAGUGAAAACAUUAAAAAAGGAAGAGAAUCUCAGCUUUUCUAGGUUGAUAGCAUACUUAUUACCUUCCUUUUAGACAAAAAUCCUAGUUGCCUAAAAAGAAUGUAGUUUCUGCAUGUUCAUGCGUUAAUGCAAAUGGACUAAAAGUUUUAGUUUCCACUAAGGCCCUUAUCUAUUUUCUUGAUCUGCAAAUUACCUCUUCAGGAAUCUUUUAAAGGCCUGAUACAGAAAUUGGACCAUUGAUAGGAAUUUCUACACUGUACUUUAAAAAUUAAGUAAAAACAGUAAAGAGUGUAAAAAGGAUAAAAUAUUUUGACUUACUGGCACUGCUUUCCCCCCACCAUUUAAUCAUAGGUACCUUCAGUUGUCUGGAAUAAUGAAUGUAGAAAAACAGAAGUGCAGAGAAGUCACUGACAAAAAUAGCUAAGCAGAAUCAAGAGACACUGAAGGAUACUGAAUAUAGGAUGUGACCAUUUUGUGAAAGCAGAGGGAAAGAAAGCCCUCCCUGGCUACUGAGGGCAAUAGAAAAUAAGCCCCAGUAAUAUCAAAGACAAGGAGGGAAGGGGGUAGGAGAAAAACCAAAAAGCAGAAAUUAGUAAAUGGGGUUUUGGAACACAAUCUGGAUGAUCAUAGAGAAGAAUUGCUAGGAAGGCAGAGAACAAAUUGUAGCAUGUCUGUCUCUGAGAAUGUUUAAAAAAUGUUCUGUGAUUCCUCCUCAUAAUGACUCAGUCAUUUAAGUUUCAGCUAUGUUUACUAGGGCAGCAAUAUGUGUAACUUCAGAACCAUUUCCUUCAAAACCAGUUCAUUUUAAAAAGCUGUCAUAGAGAAUUUUUACCUUGAAUUGUAUGAACACUACUUUCCUGAAUGCAUACCCUCGCUAUCGCAGAUUAUUUAAAUGUUGCUUUUAAUGUGAACUUUGCAUUUACCCAGUGCAGAUAUUCCUGUCUUUGUGGAAUGGUCCAGUUUUGGAGCAUAUGAAAUACCAUAAUAAGACCAGGUACUUCUGUGGAAAAACCAAGUAGAGCUCUGAAAAGUUUCAGUGCUCUGGGACAUGUUUCAUGUUCUGAGUCAUUUCUUAGUGUGUGCUCUCCACAUCAGUAGGAGUUGUACACUGUAGUAGCUAUUUUACUGUUUUAACACUCUAAACCCUGAUAUAGUUUGUCUUUACAUCAGUACUCAAUUUAGUGAACAAUUAUUGAGUAUAUUUUGUGUGCUUGGCACUGAGCUAGCAGUUGGAGCUCACAUCUGAAGAAGAGAGAUCUGGGGGCUCCUGGGUGGCUCAGUCGGUUAAGCGUCUGCCUUCAGUUUAGGUCGUGAUCCCAGGGUCCUGGGAUUGAGCCCUGCCUUGGGUUCCCUGCCCAGUGGAGAGCCUGCUUCUCUUUCUCUGCUGCUCCCCCUGCUUGUGCUCUCUCAAACUCAUUCUCUCCCUGUCAAAUAAACAAAAUCUUAAAAAAAAGAGAGAGAGAUCUGUAAUAAGUAAUUCCAGUGGCAUCACUGCAACAAUAAAAACACGUACAUAAGAUACAGAAGUAGCAGAGGGAGUGCUUGCUACCUCCACCCUGUCCCCCACUUUUUUUAUUCUAGGAAACUCAUCUUGGCCUAAGUAUCCACUCCAAGUCCACACUGAAAAUGUUAGGAUUUCAUCUUGGUAGUUGUAGCUGAUACUUGUUUGGUGUCAGUAGUAGUUCUGCUAGCUCCCAUUUUGUUACACCAGCUUGAAUUUUCAAAGUUAAGAGUGAGCCAUGUGAGAAUAUCAUUUUUAUAUACUCGUUUUUAAAAAUCAAUAAUUGGCUGAAUAAGGUCUGCUACUCCUUUUUGUGAAGAUAAUGAGGAAACAUUACCCAGAAUCCAAAUGAGAAAUUUUGUUCAGAUCUAUUUCAGCAAAGGCUUUAAUUCACAUGAGCAAAUUUGCCUUUUUCUUAUGGACAGUGCAGAUAAUUUAUUGAUUGCUGUCUGUUUCUGAGAGAAAUCUCAGGUUAAAAUUAGGCUUACUCUUGUGCCAUGUCUAUCUUCUUGAUCCAUAUUUUUCUAGAUUUUGAUCUUAAUAUUUUUCCUUGUGUUCUUAUAAAGUUCCUCAGAUCUCUUCUGUAAGUAAAGCUAAAUAGUAGUACUUUUUUUAAAGUUGGGAAAUUUUUUUGUUUCAAUGAGGCUAAACUCCAAUGAGAACUUUUUGGGGUAAGGUUCUAGUGAAAUGGGUGCCUCCCCAACUCGAAUUCCUGAGUGGCAGGUCUUGAGCUUAUGUCUAGGUUUAGAUCUGCUGGCCUACUUAGAAGUAGGGAGUUUAGUUGAAAGUUACCAUUUCAUCUUCAUAUUUCCAUGAACUCUUUUAGCAAGGGAAUUCAGAAACUAAGCUGGGUACCAAGACUCAUUAUUAGAGUUUUUCAUCCUUAUUAUUUUCACUAUCCUCUUAAUUUAUAAUAAUAGCAACAAUGAAAUGCGCCUGUUUACUUUUAGGGUCAACAAGAUUGAGAAGAGUUGGGAUACUGUGUAAAACCAGUUUGAGAGAAGAUUCCUAAGGGACAAAAAUGGCAGUGAAAGCAUUUUUUUUUUUUUUAAGGAAAAUAGACUGAGUUCUCAGAAGAGCAAAAUAAUUUUGGUCCAAGAGGUAGUUCUUUAAUAAUAGAAGAUUAAAAAAAAAAGUCUAUGUUUCCAGGACAGGAUAAGAUAAAUAGCUUAACAGAGAAGAAAAAAUAAUUUUUUUACCUUAUUAAAAAUAUAGAAAAGAAGAAACCAAACAUAACAUAAUGUUGUGUAGUGAUGUAAUUUCUUUAUAGAAAGGAAUAUGGGUAACAACAAGUGCUCUGGUUUUAUUUUUCAACUAAGGACUGGACUUCUGAUGUGUGAUAGUAUCAGAAUUCUUAAUUAUUUUCAAUCUUCAGCUUUUGGGACCUGGAUUAGGAAAAAUAUUACUUACACUUGUAAUCAUGACCUUGAUUGAUGGCAGGUUUUAGAGAACUUGUGCAUGUGUGUUUUAAUUCUAAUUUUCCUCAUGACUAAAUUUCCCUGCAAACCUAGCUUUUUACUGGCAGUAUUUAAGAAAUAAAAAAAUAAUAAACUAUUGUAUUAAUGGGAAUGGAGGGUUCCUGAAGACGAAUGGGGAGAAGUAUGGGGAUGGUCCCUAGGAUAUUCCUUACUCCUCUCCCUACUCCACCUCCUCCGUUCUCUCUCUUUCUUGUGCAUGAAAAUACCCACUAAAUUUGGGGUCAUACAGGAGCUAAGGUAUCCCCAUUCAUUGGUCUUCCACUGCCAUUUUUUUUGACUCAUGUGGCCUAUAGUUGAGUUUUUUGAGAAUGAAGAUAAUUGCUUUACUCUUUUACCCUCUCCCUGACUCUACUUCUUACCCCCAUUUAUUGGUCUGAGUGAACACCCAACUGAAAUACUUUUUGUAUGAACAUUGAGAAUACUAUUUUCCAACUACUUCAUCCUUCCUCCAACAAGGUUUCUAGGAAAUGGACUGUGGGAAAUGAAGAGAUUUCACUAGAAGCCAAUUGGAAGAGAGAAUGAUUUUCACUUUUAGUCUGAGUUUCUGAUUCUUUGUGCUCUGCAACUACUCUGACUUGUAUUUCUCUGUAAAUGUUGUAAUCCCAAAACCACUCUAAGAAUUUUCACAUAACAUAGAUUUUUUUUUCCUUUUUGCUUUUACUGCUGAUUUGCAUCACUCUGUAGCAUUUAUUUGUUCAUAGUGAGAUA